UAGUGUCCUGAGCCGUUCCCCUCCCUCCCUCCAGCACCCCCCCCCUCUUUCCCCUUAUAUCCUUGGAAGCCACAAUUAAGCAGGACCGCUGGGAUAAAACGCUCGGGCUGCCAGCGGACUGGGGCAUUCCGUCGCGAGAUGGCCAAGCUGUGGACGUCUCUCCUCCUUCCCGGAGUCGCCGUGCUCCUGCUCUGCAGCCUCCCGGCUUCGUGGCAAGGAGGGGUCCCAGGUGCUGGAGCUGGAAUUCCAGGUGGAGGAUACUACCCAGGUGCAGGCCUUGGAGGUUUGGGGACCGGUGGACUUGGAGGAGGAGGUCUUGGUGCCGGAGCAAAGCCCCCCAAACCAGGAGUCGGAGGAGCCGGACAAACAGGUGGUGUCUACCCAGGAGGGGUUUACCCAGGAGGGGUUUACCCAGGAGGGGUCUACCCAGGAGGGGUCUACCCAGGAGGGACCUACCCAGGAGGGACCUAUCCAGCAGGCGUCUACCCAGGAGCUGGAAGUGCUGCCGCUGCUUAUAAAGCUGCUGCCAAAGCAGCCGCUGGGCUUGGAGGCGGCGUCGGCGGAGUGCCGGGUGGUGGCGUUGGUGGCGUGCCGGGUGGUGGCGUCGGCGGAGUGCCGGGUGGCGGCGUCGGUGGAGUGCCGGGUGGCGGCGUCGGCGGAGUCCCUGGAGGCGCUGUAGUGCCACAGACAGGGGUACAACCAGGAGCGGGCGUUGGAGCCAAGCCGGGCAAAAUCCCAGGUGUCGGCAUUCCUGGAGUCUUCCCGGGCGGCAUCCUCCCCGGCACAGGGAUCCGUUACCCUGGGGUAGGGGUUUUACCAGGUGUGCCGACCGGAACCGGUGUCAAGGCGAAAGUCCCAGGAGCAGGAGGCGGCGCUUUUGCAGGGAUCCCUGGAUUUGGAGGAGGCUUCGGUGGUGGACAGCAGCCUGGGCUACCUCUGGGCUAUCCCAUAAAGGCACCCAAAGUCCCAGGUAGCUAUUAUGGGUACGGGAAGAUGUCUUACGGUGGUGGGCCAGGUGGAGUUUACGGCGGAGGCGGAGGAAAAGCUGGCUACCCUACGGGCACAGGUGUCGGAGCACAGGCAGCCGCUGCGAAAGCAGCUGCGAAAUACGGUGCUGGGAUCGUGCCGGGGACAGGUGGAAUCCCAGGAGCCGGGGCGCUCGGAGGAGGCCUGGUGCCCGGCGCCGGUGGAGUCCCAGGAGGACUUGGCGGGGGUGGAUUGGCGGCAGCGGUAGCAGCCAAAGCAGCGGCCAAAGCAGCAGCUUACGGUGGUGGACGUGGCACCGGGGCCGGUUUAGGGGGUGCCGGCAUCCCAGGCGUAGCCCCCGGCGUGGGCGGGAUUCCGGGCAUCGCACCUGGGGUCGGAACGGGGCUGGGAGGUGCCGGAGUGGGAGGCGUGAGUCCAGCAGCAGCAGCAGCGGCCGCGAAAGCAGCAAAAUACGGCUUGGGCGCAGGAGUCGGUGGCGUUCCGGGGGGCGUCGGCGUGGGUGGCGUGCCAGGUGGCGUCGGUGGCGUUCCAGGUGGCGUCGGCGUGGGUGGCGUGCCAGGUGGCGUUGGCAUUCCGGCUGUCCCAGGAGGUGGAGGCCCGGCGGCUGUAGCGGCGGCGAAGGCAGCGGCGAAAGCAGCGGCAUAUGGCACUGGGGUAGCCCCUGGCUAUGGCGCGCUUGGAGUGGGACCCGGCGGAGUAGGACUCGGUAGGAUAGGUCCGGGAAGUGCUGCAGCUGCAGCAAAAGCAGCUGCAAAGGCUGCGAAAUACGGAGCGAGAGGCCUGGUGCCGGGCGGUGGCGUUGGCGUCGGCCUCGGCGGUGGCCUCGGCGGUGGCGUCGGUGGUGGCGUCGGCCUCGGCGGUGGGCUUGUGCCGGGCACCGGCGGAAUCCCUGGCGCUGGCGUGCCCGGGGGCGUUGGGGGCGCCGCAGCCGCCAAAGCAGCCGCCAAAGCAGCCAAGUACGGCGCUGGAAGAGGAGUCUUGCCUGGAGGUGGAGUCUUGCCCGGAGGCGGAGUCUUGCCUGGGGGUGGAGUCUUGCCUGGAGGUGGAGUCUUGCCUGGAGGCGGAGUCUUGCCCGGGGGCGGAGUCUUGCCUGGAGGCAGAGUUCCUGGUGCAGGAAUCCCCCAGAUCGGAGUCCAGCCGGGGGCCAAGCCGCCUAAAUACGGAGUCCCUGGAACUGUUCUGGGCGGUGGCGGUGUGGCAGGUGUGCGGUAUCCGGUGGCUGGUAAACCCCCCAAGCCAGGUUAUGGUGUCGGCAUUCCACAAGUUGCGGAUGGGACUGGCUAUGGAUUAUCUCCAAUUUACCCAGGUGGAGGAGUAGCCGGCGGCUAUGGUGGAAAGCCCCCCAAGCCCUAUGGAGCCCUCGGAGCACUGGGCUACAGAGGUGGCGUCGGACGCAAGAGGAAAUAGACCGGACAGACGGCACACCAUUCACCUCAUGAACUUUGGUGCUACUGCGUGGUCUCGAAUGUACAUCCCCCCCACCCCGAGAAAAGCAGAGAUUCCACCAUCACCAAACACCACCACUGCCUCCCCCCUCCCCCAGCCUGCCUCCCCCCUCCCCCAGCCUGCCUUCCACCCUCUCACUGGUGCUACAACCAUCCUGAAGGGAGCCCCCCCCUUCCCUUCCGAUCCCUGGGGACUCUUUGGUGCUGCAGCCACGGUGGGCUGCUUUGGGAGGCAGGGGGGACCAUCCGAGCACUUUAAGCAGCUCCUGAACCCUGUGCCCGCACGGCGGGGUCAGUAGCCACUGGCCAGUUGGCCCCGCGUCCUUUCUAGUCGAUCUCUGCAGGCCCUAAGUGUGUUGGGGGGUUGUUGCUAGUUUGCCGUGAGCCCCUUGCCAGAGUGCUCCACCCCUCCCCCAGCACACCGCCUGCCUAUGAGAGCGGGGGGGGGGGGGGAGGUCAAUUCAGGCCAGGAAGCCACCACCAAAGGCAUUAACCUUAAUCCCUCAUCUGCUGCUGGCUGCCAGGCCUGGGAAGGAUUAGCUCACUCGGCCAGGCCGCCUCCGGCACACCUAGCGCGAUGGCUGGCGUGGCAGCGUCCAGAUCCGAGCGAACGGGGUGGCCCAGGGCCCCCGUCUGCCACCCACCAUCCCUGCUCCACGUCUUCAUGUUUAAUCACUUCGAUGUAACUGGGAAGGGGCACUUUUUUAAAAAAUAAAGGAGAACAGUAACUGCUUUCCAGAAAAUAAAGUAAAAUAAUAAAAUAAAACCUGACUAAUAAAUAACUUUUUAAAGGAAA